AUGACUACUACUAAUAACUUAACACAACCGAAUAAAAUCAUAUUCUCAUCAUCAAAUAUUUCUAAAGAGGAAAAAAUUGUUCAACAAAGAAAAUAUUCUUUAAAUGAAAUAGAGUCUAUUCGACAAGCGCGAAUUCGUAGUCUUUCACAUUGGCCGCAUCUCACACCAAGUAUUGAAUCAAUGGCAUUGGCAGGCUGGUUUUCUUGUAAUGUCAAUGAUCGAGUUAUAUGUAUAUAUUGUAAUACAAUUUGUCAAGAAUGGACAAGUAAUGAUAAUCCAGCUGAAGUUCAUGCAAGACUUGCUCCACAAUGUACAUUCGUUCUUACAAUAUCUUCAAAAGACUGUUUACCAAAAAUAAUUAACGAUGCAAUAAAUGAAAAAUUUGAACCAAUUCAUCCAGCAAUGGCUGAAAUAUCUCGUCGGCAAGCAACAUUUUCGAAUGCUACAUGUAUACAAAACCUUCCAGAUAUUAACGAUUUAGUUGAUGCCGGAUUCUUUUUUAGCGGUAUUUCAAAUGCAGUAACAUGUUUUUAUUGUAAUGGAUCAUUAUUUAAAUGGAAUCCAAAUGAUAAUCCUGUGAUUGAACAUGCUCGAUGGUUUCCUAAUUGUAUUUAUGGUAAACAUCUAUGUGGGGAUAAAUUAUAUGACAGAAUUCAAGUAUUAAAAAAGAAAAUUGCGAUAGGACAUAAAAUAAGAAGCGAUGAACUUAGUCGUUUAGUUGCAGCAAGACUUGAUUUACCUGUUGUUGAACGUCUUCGUUCUAAAUAUUCAUUAGUAAUAAUUCAACGAUGUUUUGAAGAUCAAUUACGAAUUAAAAAUGAUGAUUUUACAUCAGAUAUUGAUUUAUCAAUUGCUUGUUUAAUUCUUAAAAAACAAAUUGAUCAGAUCAAAGGUUGUAAAGAUACAAUAAAAACUCCAGUAGUACAACAAGAACCAUUAGAAAAAUCAAUAGAUACAGAAUUAGGUGAAUGUUUUAUAUGUCUUACUGAAGACAAACAAUUAGCAUGCAUGCCAUGUGGACAUCUAUGUGCUUGUGUACCUUGUGGAUAUGCACUUCAUUCAUGUCCCAUAUGUAGAGAGAAAAUUCAGAGUUUUAUAAGACUUAACUCUUAA